CCCGCUGUCCGGGCCCCGCGCCAGGGCGCACACGCUCCGGGCCCCCCCACCCGGCCCGGGCGGGAGUUUGCACCUCUCCCUGCCCCGGCACUCGGGCCGGCACUGCAAAGCCAACUUUGGAAAAAGUUUUUUUGGGGAGACUUUGACAUUGAGGUAUCCAGCUCUGCGCUUUCCGACUUCGGGGACCUUUCCAGAAAAUGUUGCAAAAAAGCUAAGCCGGCGGGCAGAGGAAAACGCCUUUAGCCGGCGAGUGAAGACGAACCAUCGACUGCCGCGUUCUUUUUCCUCUUGGAGGUUGGAGUCCCCUGGGCGCCCCCACACGGCUAGACGCCUCGGCUGGCUCGCGACGCAGCCCCCCGGCCGUGGAUGCUCGCUCGGGCUCGGGAUCCGCCCAGGUAGCGGCCUCGGACCCGGGUCCUGCGCCCAGGCCCUCCCCAGCCCCCGCCCCCCACCCUGGCCGCGGGGGCUGCGCGCUCGGUCCACGCGUCCGGGGCCCCGCGGGGCCGGGCCGGGAGUCGGCAUGAAUCGCUGCUGGGCGCUCUUCCUGUCUCUCUGCUGCUACCUACGUCUGGUCAGCGCGGAGGGGGACCCCAUUCCCGAGGAGCUCUACGAAAUGUUGAGUGACCACUCGAUCCGCUCCUUCGAUGACCUCCAGCGCCUGCUGCACGGACACUCCGUAGAUGAAGACGGGGUGGAGCUGGAUAUGAACCUGACCCGGUCCUAUUCUGGAGGCGAGCUGGGGAGCUUGUCCCGAGGGAGAAGGAGCCUAGGUGCCCCGACUGUGGCCGAGCCGGCCGUGAUCGCGGAGUGCAAGACCCGCACCGAGGUGUUCGAGAUCUCCCGGCGCCUCAUAGACCGCACCAACGCCAACUUCCUAGUGUGGCCGCCCUGCGUGGAGGUUCAGCGCUGCUCCGGCUGCUGCAACAACCGCAACGUGCAGUGCCGGCCCACGCAGGUGCAGCUGCGGCAUGUGCAGGUGAGAAAAAUCGAGAUCGUGCGGAAGAAGCCGAGCUUUAAGAAGGUCACAGUGACGCUGGAGGACCACCUGGCAUGCAAGUGUGAAACAGUGGUAUCUGCCCGGUCCGUGACCCGAAGUCCGGGGAGUUCCCAGGAGCAGCGAGCAGCCAGGACGCCCCAAACUCGGGUGACCAUUCGGACGGUGCGCGUCCGCCGGCCCCCCAAGGGAAAGCACCGGAAGUUCAAGCACACGCAUGACAAGAAGGCACUGAAGGAGACCCUUGGGGCCUAGAGGCACUGUGGGAGAGUGCGGGCAGGGUUAUUUAAUAUGGUAUUUGCUGUAUCGCCCCCAUGGGGUCCUUGGAGUGAUAAUAUUGUUCCCCUCGUCCGUCUGUCUCGAUGCCUGAUUCGGACGGCCUAUGGUGCUUUCCCCACCCCUCAAGCGUCUGUCCACCCUCUGCCAGUGAGUCUCCCCUCGGCAGCCUCCAGCCUCUGACCCAGAAGCUCACGAAGGAAAUGAAGGACCUGGACUCCGUCGCUGUCUUCCUCCCCUGACCCGAGCAUCUGGGAUGAGAGCUCAAGAGAGACGGACGGGGUUGCUGUCAGGGGACAGGGGUCCCCUUCCCCAGCGGCCGGCCCAGGCCGCACCUGGGCUCCGUGGACUGGCCCGAAGAGCCCGCAUGUGGCCCUGGCCUCUGGGCGUGGCCUGCCUGGUCCAGGACCUCCCGCCGGCUGUCCAGGGGACGCGCAGGCUGCCGGGGUCCCCGGUACUCCUGUGGCUCAGGGCAGGCGGGGAGCACAGACUGGGGGAGCCCUCCGCGGGGCCGGGCGUCGCCUCCUCUCUCGUCCACCUCUGCCCUCAGUGGCGCCUUCACUUUAUGCAUACGAACCUCGGAAGAAGCGGACAGCCCGGGAGCGCGUGGCCUGAGCACCAGACAGCCGCGAGCGGCGGAGCGUGAGAGGCGAGGCUGGCCCUGGCCCGCCUCCUCCGCCCGCCCUGCCCGGCCUCCUCGCCCGUCUCAUCUCUGCGUCCACCCUGCAUCUUCCUCUCAUCCUGGCCCCUUAGUCUGUUCCGCCAAGGGGAGCCCCUCGUUGAGGCCUCAAAGCGCCCCGUCACUGCUCCGCUGGGCAGAGAACCAGGGCCUGGCCCCAGCGGGGUGCCCGCAGGAGAGCUGCAGGCGGGGCGCCUGUCCCCCCCUGGCUGCGCAGGCUGGCUGUGACACCUCACGGCGGUGCCGGCAGGUGCCGUGCCGGGUCUCGAGGAAAGGGGGCCUGUCUGGCCCUCACACGGCUCUGCACAGGCUGGCUGCGCCCGACCCAGCCUGCGGCCCGGAUGGCUGCCCGGAGCGGCUUCCCUGGUCCAGGGCUCGGUCCCCUCCAGGCAGGUGUGAAGACCCAAGGGAGGGGGCGCCCCUUGCUCCCCAUCUGCACACUCUCCCCGGCUUGGAUCCUUCCGCGUUUCACCUCGGGUGGCUCCUCCCAGGAAACCAGCUCUUGGGCUGGGAGUGGGGGAGAAGAGGGAGAAGGGCCCCAGGCCUCCUAGGGGUGGGGUCUCCGCUCUGUCUCCCUGCCCACCUUCCACUGCACUUUCCCCCUCCCCCUCUCCCAAUCUGCUUCCUUCAGUUUGUAAAGUUGGUGAUUAUAUUUUUGGGGGCUUUCCUUUUA